GGUUGAGGCAGCAAGCCUUCUUACAGCUUGUUACCGGUUUUCGGCAGCGCAAGGCUUUUUCUUUACCUUGACAUGCGGCACCGACACGUGCAAGGACUCCUGACGCGUGGAGUAACUUUGAGGGUCUUUUGUUCGCGUGACUACUGCUGUCUCUUUGUUUGCUCUGCGGUCGGUAGAAUAGCCACAAGUUGGCAUCAUGGUCCAAAUAAAGCUGUAUUAAUGUCAUGAAACGAUGAGGAAUACAAAAUACUCAGUAUCUCUUUGAUUCCAUCAUCGGGAGUGGAUUGUGUAAUUACUGGCUGGCGAAAUGAGAUUUGACCUCCUGCGUUGUUUGCUGUGUUAUGGUGACCUGGCGCUCAAACGCACCGCCUCCAUCGAUUUGACUGCAUCUUUUAAUUUGUUUAUCCUCUUUUUUUCCUUUUUUUUUUCCACCCUCCCCACUGUUCCACCGUUUCCACUUCGCCCAAGCGAGUCGAGCUGAAUGAGCGCGAGUCGAAGGGAUGAACGAAACGAGCCCCGCGGCAGAGAGGACGCCUGUCGUUUAAAGAGGCAGAGCCCGGCAAAGAGCAGAAAGCCUUGCGGACCGCCGCCGGGACCCGGCAUCCGCCCGGCCGCCCCAGAGCUGGAGAACCUGUCCCCGCCGCGCCCGUCGCCCCCGCCUCGCGCCCCUCUCAGCGGCAUGUACCCCGAAGAAAGCCGGGGGUCCGGUGGGGUUGCCACGGUGGACUUCCUGGAGGGAACGUACGACUACGCUUCCCCGGCUCCGGCCCAGGCGCCGCUUUACAGCCACCCCGUGCCGGGCUAUUACUCGGCACCCCUGGAGACCCACGGAUCGCCUACGGACGGCAGCCUGCAGUCACUGGGCAGCGGGCCCACAAGCCCCCUCGUGUUUGUGCCCACCAGCCCUCGACUCAGCCCAUUCAUGCACCCCCCCGGCCAUCACUAUCUGGAAACCACUUCAACACCCAUCUACAGGUCCAGCGAGAUGGUCAGUCAGCAGCAGGCGUCCAGAGACGACCAGUGCGGCACCAGUGACGAGGCGUACGUCUUGGGGGGCUCGGAGGCCGCCGCCAUCGGGGUCUUCGAGAUGGCCAAGGAGACGCGCUUCUGUGCCGUGUGCAGCGACUACGCCUCGGGCUACCACUACGGGGUGUGGUCCUGCGAAGGAUGCAAGGCCUUCUUUAAGAGGAGCAUUCAAGGUCACAAUGACUACGUGUGCCCGGCAACCAAUCAGUGUACUAUUGACAGGAAUCGCAGGAAGAGCUGCCAAGCGUGCCGACUAAGGAAGUGUUAUGAAGUGGGCAUGAUGAAAGGAGGUGUGCGCAAAGACCGCGGUCGCAUUACACGCCGUGACAAGCGGCGGACCGGCGCCACGGAGAAGUUGACCAAAGAGACCGAGCAUAGAAAAGUGGCCCCCCAGGACGGGAGGAAGCAGAGCGGCGGCGGUGGAAGUGCCGGUGGGGGAAGAUCGUCAGUGACGGACAUCCCUCCUGACCAGGUUCUGAAUCACACACAAGAAGAAACUUCCAAAAAGCACAUUUCAAUGGAUGGAGCCAUCAUUCAAUUUGAAGACUGUGUUUCUUUUCGCCCUCGUCAGGUGCUUCUCCUGCUACAGGGGGCCGAGCCCCCCAUAUUAUGCUCUCGACAGAAGCUGAGCCGACCCUACACGGAGGUCACCAUGAUGAUGUUACUCACCAGCAUGGCUGACAAGGAGCUGGUCCACAUGAUCGCAUGGGCCAAAAAGCUGCCAGGCUUCCUCCAGCUGUCCCUGCACGACCAGGUGCAGCUGCUGGAGAGCUCGUGGCUGGAGGUGCUGAUGAUCGGCCUCGUGUGGAGGUCCGUCCACUGUCCAGGCAAGCUCAUCUUCGCUCAGGACCUCAUUCUCGACAGGAGUGAAGGCGACUGCGUGGAAGGCAUGGCGGAGAUCUUCGACAUGCUCCUGGCCACCGCCUCCCGUUUCCGCAUGCUCAGACUCAAGUCCGAGGAGUUCGUCUGUCUCAAAGCCAUCAUCUUGCUCAACUCCGGCGCCUUUGCGUUCUGCACGGGCACCAUGGAGCCGCUUCACGACGGCGCGGCGGUGCAGGGCAUGCUGGACAAUAUCACGGACGCCCUCAUACAUCACAUCAGCCAAUCAGGGUGCUCGGUGCAGCAGCAGGCCAGGCGCCAGGCCCAGCUGCUCCUUCUUCUCUCCCACAUCAGACACAUGAGUAACAAAGGCAUGGAGCACCUGUACAGCAUGAAGUGCAAGAAUAAGGUACCACUGUACGACCUGCUGCUGGAGAUGCUGGACGCUCACCGCCUGCACCGUCCCGUCAGAGCCACACAGAUAUGGUCCCAGCCGGAGAGAACGCCUCCUAGUGGCAGUCACGGCGCCACCUCCAGUUCAGGAGGCCGCAGCGCCCACGAGAGCCUGAGCAGAGGCCCUCCAUGUCCAGGCGUGCUGCAGUUCGGAGGCUCCCGCCCCGACUGCGCAGAAAUCCUGUGAAAACAGACAAAAAGAUCAGUGUUGCAGUUGAGGACAUUUGGUGAUUAUUUAUGCAUUUCUGACAUCACUCUGACAUAACAAGAUGCUCUUUGAUUUUUUCAACUGGUUGCUCACACGGCUUCUCCUAAGUGCAAACUGCACUAUUUGAAAUUCAUGUUUUUUUUGUUUUUCAUUUUGAUUGCCAUUCAACCAAAGUGCACUUCCUCUUAGCUUUAAGGGGCUAUUGGGCAUUACUUUCAUUUGUUUGCAUAAUAAGCUGUGAUUAAUUACAUGUUGGCUAUUUUUACCUGCCAGCUGAGUACCAGCCUGUCUGAUGUCUAAUGUUCGCUAAACUAUUACCAGUUUGAUUAUAUUUGUAAACACUAUAUCUUCAGUGUUUGUGUUUCUGUCUGCUGCAAUGUUGGAUUAAAAGAAAAAAAAUGCGCAAGUUACACAGCUUCAAGUUUGAGCCAAACUGUCAUUGGGUAGAUUUAUUUACUUGCACUUGUUUUGUAUUCACUGUUGAUUAUUUCUUGUCUUGUUUUAUCACGAUUAUGUGGUGAAAAGUAUUCACUGAC